CGGCGGCGAGGCGGAAGUUGUGCUGCGUUCUCAGCGUGCUCUCCGUUUUCUCUGGCCGGCUCCAUCAUGGUGCGGAAGCUGAAGUUCCAUGAGCAGAAGCUGCUGAAGCAGGUGGACUUCUUAAACUGGGAGGUCACGGACCACAACCUUCACGAGCUGCGCGUGCUGCGGCGGUACGGGCUCCAGCGGCGGGAGGAAUACACGCGCUACAACCAGCUGAGCCGCGCGGUGCGCGAACUGGCGCGGCGCCUGCGCGACCUGCCCGAACGCGACCCUUUCCGAGUGCGCGCCUCGGCGGCGCUGUUGGACAAGCUGUACGCUCUCGGCCUGGUACCCACGCGCGGCUCACUAGAGCUCUGCGACUUGGUCACAGCCUCCUCCUUCUGCCGCCGCCGCCUGCCAACUUUGCUCCUCAAGCUGCGCAUGGCUCAGCACCUUCAGGCUGCUGUGGCCUUUGUGGAGCAGGGUCACGUCCGCGUGGGCCCAGACGUGGUCACCGAUCCCGCCUUUCUCGUCACUCGCAGCAUGGAGGACUUUGUCACUUGGGUGGACUCGUCCAAGAUCAAGCGGCACGUGCUGGAGUACAACGAGGAGCGCGAUGACUUUGAUCUGGAUGCCUAGAGAGUCCUUUCUACCCGUGGCUUCCACAACCACAGGUCACUGAGCCCGGGAUGGGGAAAAUCGCCCCUGAGUUCCGGGACUUUUUAGAAUUUGGACUGAUAACUAAAUGACUGUCUUGCGAGUCAGUGGGAAGCAGUUUUGUACUGCACUGGCGAUUGUUAGGUUGUUGUCACUUUGUGGUGUAGAAACAGGGACGUUACCCCUUUUCUCCUUUGCUUUAUCGUCUUGAACUAGGAUUGACUGGUAUAGAUGGAGAAUUUGGGUUUAGACGAUUUUUGUUGUUUUGUUUUUAUAUGUAAAACUGGGCUACGGGAAUGUUAAGUGUGACUCCCUCUUUUAAAGAAACAUUUUCUUUAUGCCAAUAAAUGUCCCGACCGUCUUA